GCCGAUGCAGUCCACGCACGUCUCAAACGUCUCCUCCUAGCGCAAGAGCUUCUCUGUCUUCUGGCGCUGGGCCACGCAAUCCCAACUGACUUUUCUCCGCGGCCAUUGGUCGGAUCGCGCCUCAACCCCUAAUGGAGCCUCCUCAAGAUCCAGAAUUACGGCCUCGCUGACCAUAUCUGACUUACCAGACUUACCAGACAAGGUCCGGCCGUCAUGUACCCGACAGAACGGCAACGGUGCAGCACAACUCUUAGACUUGAUUUCAGUCCUUUUUUACGCUAUCCAAAGCGGAUGACGGUAUCCUCUUUUGAUGGUCUCGAUCGUGCGUAUCUAUAUAAGGCGGACGACUGCUUGAUCUUUCCCAGAACCAAUACAUCAAUUUACCUCCCAUAUACAUUUAUACGUAGACGCUGAUCAUGCCCGGAACCUGGUGAGUCUCAAGUUCAUGGUGGCGAUGGACUUGCUGAAAGUGAUUGAAGGCUUAGAAGCAUCAAGGGCCUUGUCACGGGCUUGCUUUUGGCUUCGGCCUUCUGCUCGGUGAGUCAUGCGUUAGCCAUCACCCGCAUAGUUCAGCUCACAGGCGGCCGCACUAGUUCAUCAUCGACAUUAUAAUGAUCCUCAAAGUGAGGCAUUACAGCAACACCUACCCUCCUGCAGUCGUUGCCCUUAUUGUCUGCUCAAUCCUGGAGUGGCUUUAUGUUCUCUGGCUCAUGAUCAUGCCGAGAUCGAAAUUGUUCCGGGCCUCUUCCGUUGCAGCUGUCAUUGGACUUUUCACCUGCUUCAGCUUUGCCUGUAUCGUCGCUACCACCGUUCUCCGACACCACUCAAAGUACUGUGACACCAGCCUUGCAAACAACGGCGAUCUUUGUGGUGUCCUUCGAGGUACCGAAGGUCUUGGUUGGAUGCUCUUUGGGUUCAACCUGAUCUACCUGUGUCUUCUCCCCGUUCUUGCUAGUGGCGGCCACUGGGGCCGAACCAUACACGAACUUCCCUACGAAGAGAAGUUUGUCGACGAGGAGAAGGCUCCUGCUCACUAAGCGGCAGCAGGGUACGAAGCUGGCUGGCUGAGGUUGUUUUGCUAUGGCGGCGUAGUAAGGCUCUAGUAGGCUGGCGGCGACAUAAUGCGUAGGCGAAGUAUAAUCUGGACUGCAGUAGUGACAUCAACUUAUAAUUCACGGUUCAUGCAUAAUGGUUGUUUCUA